CUCAAAUUUUACACAUAACACAAAAUAUCAUCUCCACAGCACACCAAAGAAAAACCCACCAAAGAACAACCUCUAACAUUCUAGUUCGAGCUAGAAAAACACUUGUAAUUCAAUGGCAACUUCAAUUACAGCAACUGGGUUUAAAGGAGGGUUUGGUACUUCAUCAUUUAAGGCUGGUGAUGACUAUGGAAUAUUGGCUAACUCAGUGCCGAAGCAUGUGAGAGUUGGAAAGCCGGUACGAAUGGCUCCGAUGAUGAAGAACGUUAACGAAGGAAAAGGUUUAUUUGCACCUCUUGUUGUUGUUGCUCGCCAGAUUAUUGGCAAGAAGAGGUUCAAUCAGCUUAGAGGCAAAGCUAUUGCCGUACACUCUCAGGUGAUUACUGAAUUCUGCAAAUCAAUAGGAGCAGACGCAAAACAAAGGCAAGGGUUGAUUAGGUUGGCCAAGAAGAAUGGAGAAAGACUUGGUUUUCUUGCAUGAUCAGUUGGGCAAAAUAUAUACCAAUCUGUCAUCACGAUUCACAUUGUGAUAAUGAAACGUUUUGAAAUCAUAGUUUUAGUGUGGACUUCCUCAGUUGUAAAUGUUCUCAUCUGAAUACCUUUUGAAUCAGAAUGUUAAUCAUAAUUAUUACUA